UYUGAACGCAUAGUCUACUAUUUAAGAGAAAGGGAAUUCUCCCUCCCUCUCUCUUUCACUCAGUCCCCAGCUCUCCUGGCUUCUCUCUUUCUCUCUCUCUCUUUCUCUCUCUCCUCUCACUGACUACAUCAGCAGCAGGCUGGGUCUCUAGGUAGAUGGAAUAGACUGAUUGAGAGAAGGAGAGGAAAAUGACUAAACUGUCAUUGCUUUAGAAGGCAAAGUCACAGACCCAUAAGAACAUUUGUUUGAGGCUUUGGUUUCUUUGAGCCAAGUUCUCACAUACUUUCUUUUUGUUCUAUUCCGUUGAUUUAGCUCCGGUGGAGAGAUUCUGUGAAUUCAGUGGAAGGGCAUCUGCGCCAUCUCCCAGAUAGAAGGACUCCAUUCUCCUCCCCCGUCCCUGACCGCUCACAAGCGCCCCCAGCAGGACGUGACAGGACCUGGUCAUCAUGGUGAUGAAAGGCCUGCUCCUAGGCUGUGUGACCGUGGCUGUGCUGCUUCAACUCUCCAGCGCCGGCCUGGUCAAGAAGAUCAUCCGCCACCGCAGAGAGACCCUGAGAGAUCCCUCUAAGAACCUGACCCUGCCCCACCCUGACCAGCCAGUGGUCUUCAACCACGUCUACAACAUAAACGUCCCCUCCAGCUCCCUGUGUUCCGUAGACAUGGAGAGCCCAGGAGGAACCAAGGUCAAGCCUAAACGAAGUCCAGUCCAGUCGGACAUGCAGGGCACGGAGAACAAGGACCACACGAUGGACGGAGAGAACCAGAUCGUGUUCACCCACCGCAUCAACAUCCCCAAGCAGGCAUGUGGCUGUGACAACCACAUGCCUGAUAUGAAGGACAUCUUUAGCAGAUUGGAGAUGCUGGAGUCUGAGCUGUCCAGCCUCAGAGAACAGUGUGGCAGUGGAGCCAGUUGCUGUGGAGCCCAGGUUACAGGUGAGGUGGCCACCAAGCCUUACUGUAACGGCCGUGGUAACUUCAGCACUGAAACCUGCAGCUGUGUGUGUGAGCCCGGCUGGAAGGGACCCAACUGCACCGAGCCUGAGUGCCCCAACUUCUGCCARGACCAGGGACGCUGCGUCGAUGGCAAGUGUGUCUGCUUCGAGGGCUUCCACGGAGACGACUGCAGCAUGGAGCCAUGUCAGGAGGACUGUGGGGACAACGGGGACUGCAUCGACGCCAUGUGUAUCUGUGAGGACGGCUUCACCGGGAACGACUGCUCCCAGACCAACUGCCUGAACAACUGCCUGGGACGCGGCCGUUGUGUAGACGAUGAGUGUGUGUGUGACGAGCCGUGGACGGGCUACGACUGCUCCGAGCUCAUCUGUCCCAACGACUGCUACGACCGCGGCCGCUGCGUCAACGGAACCUGCUUCUGUGAGGAGGGCUUUACCGGGGAUGACUGUGGGGAACUCACCUGCCCCAGCAACUGUAACAACCGUGGGAUGUGUGUCGACGGCCAAUGUGUGUGUCACUCUGGCUACAGCGGCGAAGACUGCUCCAAGCUCACCUGCCCCAACGAUUGUACUGAGAAAGGCCAUUGCUUCAACGGGAGGUGCAUCUGCGACCCAGGCUUCGAGGGAGUGGACUGUUCCAUCCUGUCUUGCCCAGACAACUGCAGCAACAGAGGCCAGUGUGUCAAUGGAGAGUGUGUCUGCAAUGUAGGAUUCGAGGGUGAUGACUGCUCUGAAAUCUCCUGCCCCAUGACGUGUCUGAACCGAGGCCGCUGUUUGAAUGGACAGUGUGUGUGCAGUAAAGGCUUCRCCGGGGACGACUGCAGCRUCAAGACCUGCCCCAAAGACUGCCUGGGACGCGGCGAGUGUGUUGACGGCACGUGCGUGUGCUUCAUUGGCUUCACAAGCAAAGACUGCAGCGAGCUGACUUGUCCCAACAACUGUCUUAACCGUGGGCACUGUGUUAACGGCCAGUGUGUGUGCAACAAAGGCUUUGCUGGGGAGGACUGCAGUGAGAAGACAUGUCCCAACAACUGCCUGGAGAGGGGCUAUUGCGUAGACGGGACGUGUGUGUGCUUCGAUGGAUUCCAGGGCCUGGACUGCUCUGUGCUGACCUGUCCAGGAGACUGCGAGGACCAGGGGAGAUGUAUGGAUGGAGUGUGUCUGUGUAACGAAGGUUUCAUCGGAGAGGACUGCUCUGGGGUGUCUCCACCCAAGGACCUGGCAGUGCAGGAGGUCACCCCAGAGACAGUGGACUUGUCAUGGGCUAACGAGAUGCAGGUGGCAGAGUACCUGGUCACAUAUGUGCCCACUGCCCUUGGAGGCCUGGAGCUGGACAUGCGUGUGCCUGGGGAUCAGAAGAACGCCACCAUCAGUGAGCUGGAGCCUGGUGUGGAGUAUCUGAUCAGUGUCUUCGCUGUCCUCAGCAACAAGAGGAGUGUCCCUGUCAGUGCCAGAGUGGCAACACAUCUCCCUGAGCCCGAGGGACUCAAGUUCACAUCAGUGAGAGAGACUGCAGUAGAGGUUCAGUGGGACCCCCUGGACAUCGCCUUUGAUGGCUGGAAUCUCAUCUAUAGAAAAACUAAAGAGGAGAAUGGGGAGAUUCUGAACUCCCUGGGCAGCCCUGACACCAUGUUCGAGCAGUCUGGGCUGGGACCUGGUCAGGAGUACGAGGUCAAACUGGAGGUGGUGAAGAACAACACCAGCGGACCUGCAGCACGCAAGAGCGUUUUCACAAGUGUUCCAGACCUGGAUGCCCCGCGGGACCUGCAGACGGUAGAGCUGACUGACGACAGCAUUACUCUGGAGUGGAAGAACAGCCAGGCUCAAGUAGACAACUACCGCAUCAAAUAUGGCCCCCUCUCUGGAGGAGACCAUGGAGAGCUGCUGUUCCCUACCGGACCCCUGGACACCACCCAGGCCAAGAUCACUGGCCUGAGAGCUGGGACAGAGUAUGGGAUGGGAGUGACAGCCGUGAAGAGUGAGCGUGAGAGCCUUCCUACCACCACCAAUGCUGUUACAGCGUUGGAUGCUCCUAAGAACCUGGAGGUGGAGUCUUCCUCUGAGACUGAGAUGGUGCUGGUGUGGCAGAAGCCGGUGGCUAAGAUUGACAAGUACAAGCUGGAGUACGUGUCAGCCGAUGGGCGAAGGGCUGAGGUGACACCCUUCUCUAGAGACGUCAAGUACACCAUGAGGAACUUGACGCCCGGCAUGUUGUACACCAUCACCCUGACUGCUGAGAGGGGACACAGGCAGAGUGGCCCCACCACCAUCUCCGCAACAACAGAGGAGGAGAAGCCUGUGCUGGGCAAACUGACAGUGUCAGACGUGUCGUGGGACAGCUUCCUGGUGUCCUGGGUCACUGAGGAGGGAGACUUUGAUGGCUUUGUGGUUGAGGUGACAGACGCAGAGGCAGGGGUAGAUUGGCAGAACCACACCCUCCAAGAUGCGGCCCAGAGCCUGGGCAUCGUAGGCCUCUCUCCCGCCACCUGGUACAAUGUCAGCCUGUAUGGGCUGUUCAAGGGGGCCCUGUUAGGGCCUGUCUAUGCAGACACCAUCACAGAAGCUGAACCCAUCGUGGAGCAUCUCUUGGUCUCCGACAUCACCCCAGACAGCUGUAAAGUGGCCUGGUUGGCUGAAGAGGACCUCUUUGAYAGUUUUGUCAUUGUGAUCAAUGAUACUAGCGACGACCUCGCUUCUCCACAAGAGGUGGUCGUGCCCGGCGAGGAGAGAACAACAGUGCUUACUGAGCUAAUUGACGACACAGAGUACGAAAUUGAGCUGUAUGGGGUAAUUUCUGGACGGCACUCAGACUCUAUCUCCGGGGUGGCAAAAACAGGGCUGGGCACACCCAAGGGCAUCCAUUUCUCUGAUGUCACUGAUACCUCUGCMAUUGUACACUGGACAAUCCCCAGAGCUCGAGUGGACAGCUACCAUGUCACCUAUGUCCCUGCUCAGGGAGGUGCUCCUCAGACUGUGACAGUGGGUGGCACUGAGUCUCAGAAGGUGUUGUCGAAUCUGACCCCUGGAGUGACCUACCAGGUGACCGUCAUCUCUGUGAAGGGACAGAAGAAGAGUGAGCCUGGCACCAGCAGCGUCGCCACAGCUCUGGACAAGCCCAGUGGCCUGACUGUAGUCAACAUCAAUGACACAGAUGCUCUGCUCCACUGGCAGCCUUCCAUCGCCACWGUAGACGGAUAUGUCAUCACCUACAGCGCAGACACUGUUGUCCCAGUGAUGGAGAGAGUGUCUGGAAACAUUGUGGAGUUUGAGAUUACCUCCUUGACCCCUGCCACCCACUACACUGUCAAGGUCUACGCCAUGAGAGCGGCUGCUAAGAGCGCCUCCACCACCACUGAGUUCACCACUGAUGUAGAUGCCCCUCAGGACCUGGCAGCCAGUAACAUCCAGACAGAGAACGCCAUGUUGACCUGGAAGGMCCCACGCGCUGACAUCACCGGCUACAUCCUCAGCUUUGAGUCAGCUGACGGCACAAUCCGGGAGGUUGUCCUGAGCCCCACAGCCACUUCCUACAACAUGGCCCAGCUGAGUGCCUCCACUGAGUACUCCGUCAGACUGCUGGCCAUCGCAGGGCCCAAGAGGAGCAGAGUCAUCACCACCGUCUUCACCACCAUUGGCGUACUGUACAAACACCCCAGGGACUGCUCCCAGGCCUUGCUGAAUGGAGACACAGCCUCUGGUGUCUACACCAUCUACCUGGGUGGAGAUGAGAGUCAGCCCAUACAGGUCUACUGUGACAUGGACACGGAUGGAGGUGGAUGGAUUGUGUUUCUCAGACGCCAGAGUGGUAAGCUGGAGUUCUUCCGCAACUGGAGGAACUACACUGCUGGCUUCGGUGACAUGAACGACGAGUUCUGGCUCGGCCUGUCGAACCUCCAUAAGAUCACUGUAGUGGGACAGUACGAGCUUCGUGUGGACCUCAGAGACAAGGGGGAUGUAGCCCACGCCCAGUACGACAAGUUCUCCAUCUCUGAUCCCCGCAGUCGCUACAAGGUMCAUGUUGGAGGGUACAGUGGUACCGCAGGUGAUUCUAUGACCUACCAUCAUGGUCGCCCGUUCUCAACCUACGACCAUGACAAUGACAUUGCAGUCACCAACUGUGCCCUGUCCUACAAGGGUGCCUUCUGGUAUAAGAACUGCCAUCGCGUCAACCUUAUGGGACGAUAUGGCGAUGACAGUCACAGCAAGGGAGUGAACUGGUUCCAUUGGAAAGGCCAUGAGCACUCCAUUGAGUUUGCUGAGAUGAAGAUCAGGCCAUCCAACUUCAGGAACUCUGAGGGAAGGAGAAAACGAUCGUAAACCAACCGACCAAUCCGCGCUACGACCCAUCUCCUCGUGACCCCUGAGCCUGUCCACCAUCCUCUGCCACUGCUGAUUCCAGGGUUGCAUCCCAAAUGGCAUUCUAUUCCCUAUAAAGUGCACUGCUUUUGACCAGGGCCAGUAGCGCUCUGGUCAAAGUAGUGCAUUAAAUAGGGAAUAGGGUGCCAUUUGGGACACAACCCACAAUUCCCUGCAGCUACCAAAGCCACUGCUAAGAGCCCAGCCACCUCGAACUACACCCCUCCUCUUGCUCAAUCACAGAAAUAAGCACAGAUACAGUAAAAAUGUACUACAAAUCCCACUAUCCAACCCCUGAUACAAAAUGGUUCUGUGCAGUAUAAAUACUGUCAAUGCCAAAUCGAUGUGGAAAAAUAUGGAUUUACACGUCACAAACUAAGCCCACAGAUUAUUCUUGCACCAAAGAGAGUAUAAUCUACAAAUCCCAAGUAUAAAGCAUUUGUUUCUUUCUUGUCACUAUCAUGUUACAGUAACAUCACUCAGUGGAGGGGUGCAUUUGAGUCUGGUCUGAGGUAUUAACAUGUAGAAUACUGAUGUUUUCUGCCUCUACAGUGUAUCCAWCUCCUCCAACCACAGUAGGCCAUUAGAGUGUUUGCCAGGGUUGGGGUCAGUUCGAAUUGAARGCAGUCAAUUUAGGAAGUGAUUUGGAUGUAAAAUUAAAAAAUAUAACAACUUUUUAAAUAUAUUGAACUUUUUGGAAAAAMAUUUUUUUUUGAGUAGUCAUUGAAAAUAAUCGUCUUUUUAAAUGAUUGAAUUGGAAUUUCAGUUCACUUCCUGAAUUGACUSCCUUCAAUUCGAAUUGACUCCAACCCUAGUGUUUGCAGAGAGGGCAUGGUAUACCUUUAAACUGGAUUAUAGAAAUGGUAUUCUUUGAAUAACACACCACCCACCAAGAGCACAUACAGUAUGUACCUUCAAUUCAAUCAUCUGGGUGGAAGUGGUUAUUGAUCAAAAAGGAUUCUCCACAUAAACCGCACAACUCAUUCAAAUGUAAAAUGUCUUUGUAAAGUGGAAAGAGCUCACAGAGAAAGGCUGUCUCAUUCAUUAGUCUAUGUGUGACUCAUUCUUUUUCACUUUAUCAUUCCCUCUCUCUCGAACUCCCUUCACCUCAACCUGCAAACUGUCAUCUGAAACGAUAUGGGCAGAAUAAAUGGCAUUCUGAAUAAAGCUAAUCUGCUUCAUCCCACACACAGGAUGAAUGACAUGUGUUUCCAUUGAUUGUGUGGGCCAUACAGGCACUGUGCAAUUGUCUCUUACACAUGCAACUGAGCUAGUACUACUUUUUCCACCAGCUAUCAUGCAUUAGCUAAAGAAUACAGAGAAAUGUGUUUGAUUUGUUUUCUAUUUCCUAAAAGAUCCAAGGCAGGACCUACAGUUCAAUAAACAACGAAAUGGUGGGUGAUUGUUACAUUUUUGCUAAAUGGGAAAUACUUAUAURAAUGCAACAGGAGUCAGAGGAAUAUUGUGAUGAAAUAUAGAAGAUAUGGAUGCUUAAAAUAGGCCAAUGGCCAAUUCCAAUUGACAUUGUAAGGUCUUAGUGUUUACUUUGCUGAGAAACAUCUAUUUGGUCAGACCAAAAUUAACUAGAGAGAAGUUCUUCUUGUUCUGUUCUGUUCUCCCCCUCCCCUCCCCCUGCUAUGCCAGGAAACGAAACCACUGAGAACCCCCUCCCCAUGAAAUACCUGUGUAAAUUAAAGUUUUUUUAAAACAUUUUUUGUUUUUUGAUUGUUUAUAACUGGGUGAACAACAGGUGUUUCUCUGUAGCCCGUAUUACAAUAAUAAAAAAAGUUUGUUUAAAAAUGA